GGUUACCUUUAGCGUUAGAAGAUAAUGAAACUUCUAUUGAUAAACAAGACUUAUCAUUUUUGAUCAAUGAAAAUGAUAGAGGCGAUGUUGAAGAUGAAAAUUUGAUCGAUGAAGAUAACAACUUACCAAUGGAUAUUCUACCAUUUCCAGUCGAUGAUAGAAGCGAUAACUCGAUCGAUGAUAGAAGAGAAUACUCAAUCGAUAAUGGAAGCGAGAACUCGAUCAAUGAUAGAAGCAAUAACUAA